AUGACAACAGCAAUAUGUUUAUUAAUGGUUAUGAUAUUGCUAUCUUAUCGCACUGAAUCUCAAUAUGUUUCACGUCAAGGAAAUUACAUCGAUUAUAAUAGAGGUGAUUUGUACAUGCGGAAUUUUGGCAUAAUCAAUCCAUUUUCCGAUUCAGACAGCAGAAGGAUACGGUUUGACAGUUCUCGUGAGUUGCCCAAACGAUAUUUUGAUGCACUGGCGGGUCAAUCACUGGGUAAACGAUCAACAACGAUACUAUAG